AGAGAACUGAUUUGAGUUCUGUAUAAUGGUUGCCCUAGCAUAUCAACCAUUACUAAAAAAAAAAAAAAAAACUUUAUUCAAUCUGAUUUAUAACUACUUUAAUCACUUAGCUUGGUCGUAUUUGACUUGGCCAACAAAAUACGUUUAAAAGAACGGAUCAUAAGUGUACAAUGCAAUAUAUAGUAACAAAGAGUACACGUUGUUAUGAGCUUUAUAAGUUUGUUUCACGCUUGUGACUACAGUUGAAUUUGACAAAGGAAAUGUUAACCCAAACGUAUUUCACAUGAAUAUCAUUUGCCCUAUAACCAAAUACGCUACAUUUUUACCUAACAAAUCUGAUAAACAAAAGGUGCUUUAACGUUAGACACACAAAGUGCUCGUGUCACUUCAACAUUUUAACAGGCAGCGCAGACGUGGGCACAGUGUGGGGGUAUAGGAAGAGGAGAGAACGAGAGGGUUGGUAGUAAUGUGUGUGAGGCUGUCCGACAGUAUGGUCUGGGUCUGAGGACAGCACUGGAAGACACAGCAGCAGCCUCCAGAUCUCCUUGUGUAGAUCAGUGUAGUGACAUCCACAGAUCACCUGGACCUUGUCACCCAUCACCUCUUCCAGAGAAGCAAGAGGAGGAGUCGGAGGAGACGGGGGUUGGGUCUAUUUAUCUUCUUUUUGUUUCUUUUCUCAGUUUUUUGGUUUUGGGAGUAGGCUCCGGGCUGGACUGCAUGCAUGACACAACGCAAAGGCGAGAAACCCACCAUCAGCAUCCAGGAACACAUGGCCAUUGACGUGUCCCCUGGUCCAAUCCAGCCCAUCAAGCAGAUCUCUGAUUACUUCCCCCGUUACCCGCGGGGCCUCCCGCCUGCUGUGCCCCACCAAGUGGGCCAGGCAGGGCCCCUGCGCUCUGCCCUCUCCACCUCCUCGGCCACCACCUCGGCCACCGCUGUUGCUGAAAGUGACCGCCCCAAUGAGGACAGCCUAGACCGGGCUUGUGCUGGAGCCUCCGCCUCCUUACAGACCACCAAGAGGGAUGAAGAGCCUGAUGUGGAGGGAUACGACUCAGAUGAUUCCACUACACUGGGGACCUUGGAAUUCAGUUUGCUGUAUGACCAAGAGAACAAUGCACUGCACUGCACCAUUAACAAAGCCAAGGGGCUCAAGCCGAUGGACCACAAUGGGCUGUCAGACCCCUAUGUCAAGUUACACUUACUGCCCGGAGCCAGCAAGGCUAAUAAACUUAGAACUAAGACUCUGCGCAACACACUCAACCCUGUCUGGAGUGAGACCCUGACCUACUAUGGCAUCACUGAUGAAGAUAUGGUCCGCAAAACGCUCAGGAUUUCAGUGUGUGAUGAGGACAAAUUCCGCCACAAUGAGUUCAUCGGGGAAACACGAAUCCCCCUUAAGAAGCUGAAGCCCAACCAAAUCAAAAACUUCAACAACUGCCUGGAGAAACAGUUACCUGUCAACAAAACAGAAGACAAGUCUCUGGAGGAACGAGGACGCAUCAUGAUUUCUCUUAAGUACAAUACCCAGAAGUCUUGCCUGGUAGUGGGCAUCAUACGCUGCGCUCACCUAGCCGCCAUGGACGCCAACGGCUUCUCUGACCCCUACGUCAAAACGUACCUGAAGCCUGACGAGAACAAAAAGUCAAAGCACAAGACUGCUGUGAAAAAGAAGACACUCAAUCCUGAAUUCAACGAGGAGUUCUGUUAUGACAUAAAAUAUGCAGACCUCACCAAGAAGACCCUGGAGGUGACCGUAUGGGACUAUGACAUUGGAAAGUCUAAUGAUUUUAUAGGUGGUGUAUCUCUGGGUAUCAAUGCAAAUGGAGAGAGGCUCAGACACUGGUUUGACUGCCUCAAAAACAAGGACAAAAAAAUUGAGCGUUGGCACACACUGACCAAUGAAUUACCUGGUUCAUUAAAUGACUGAACACCCAUGUUCUGCUGUCAAACCUGCCCCCAACCCCUGUUUCUCCAUGGCUGCACCAGACAGGACUCCUUCACUUUCCUAACUCCUCCACCCAGCUCUUCUUCUCUGGAUUUUUCCUCAUGUUGGUCACAGCAACCUGUUACACCUCUCUUUGGGAAUAUAUUUCCUGUCAAAACAGGGCUCAACUAAAAAUAUCUAAAAUCUUUUGCUUGUGUUCAAUAACACUUUCUCAUGUAAAACAGAAAUCAGAUGGCUGCUCAUUUAUUUUCCUUUUAAGAGAAAUUCAGUCAUCAAAAUGAAUCACAGGGGCUAUAGCGUUGAAUUUUUACACCUUAAAACUCUAAUUUCUUUUAUGGUCAGUGAAAAUAAAAGGAACAAAAGCUUGCUAUUUGAAUAGGUCUUUUACAGUAGCUAAAUAAUUAGUUGUCACCUUGGUGGCUAUCUGAGUAGACCUGUAGGAGAUAGGUGUAAAAGAGUGGAGACUCUUACAAAGGAUGUAGCAUAAUUUCAUAUUGGUGGAGUAUGCAGAGAAAGUUUAUGAACUGGAUCUCAUCUUCUCAAAUAAAUCUCCCAUAUUCUGUUUGUUUGAUACUAAUAUUUAGUGUUAUAGGGUUGGAGUUAAGUAAUUGAAUCAGCCCCAUUCAGUAUCUAAAGAUGCUGCAUUUUGAUAUGACUGUAAAACUGUUAGGCCCUGCUGCCAUUUACCACUCGUGUAAGUUGGCUGCCACUCAACAGGACAACAACAGAACCUCCUUAAAAUAUUGUGCAAAUUAUGACCUGAAUAUGCUUCAAAUGAACUAGAUUGAGACUGUUCUCCAAGAAAAAGUACUACGUUGUUGUGUUUAAAUGAAAAAUACUUCUAGCAGCUGCAGGAAUUAUGACACUUUCCCACUGACAUCUAAGGUAAUAAUGACAAUAUAGAGGCACAAAUUUCACAGAGGGUCAAUGUCUGGGAGGUUGAUGGGUCAACAACAGAUUGGAAUUUUACACAUUAGACUGCUGAACUGGUAAACUUGAAAAGGAAAACAUACCCCAGGCAGGCUCACCUGGUGUGUACUGUAGCUGCCGUAACCGAACAUAUAGCUGGACCUUUACAGAGGUAUAGUCAGCUACAGGAUGCCCACAGCCUCUGCAGCUAUGUCGUAACCCAUUAACACAGCAGUAUAAUUCUACUAUUAGAUGAUACAAUAUGCAAUUUGUUUGAAGUUUACGGAGGUCCUUGGUCCUCUUACAAGUAAGCAAUGCAGUUUGUUGAGAGGCAGAAUGUCCCAUCAUCAACAACAUAAAACAAGCCCAUAAUGCAGGAUUUUGUGUGUACAUGGAGGCAAAUGUCAGCAGUUAAUUGUGAUGCAGGCAAAUUAAGCUUUGAUGAUUUAAGGGUGAGUGAUGGCUCAUUUGUAAACUGGCAGAAUGACAGGCCUCUACAAAUUUCUAUCUAAUAAGCAAACUGGCCAGCAUGAACUAAAUAAACCAAUGCAAAAAUCAACAUUUCCUAAACUCCUUCUCAACACUACUUACAGCAAAUAUUCAUAACAUUAAAAACUCUGAUUCUGUGGGUGUCUCUGUGUAGACUAAUCAAUAUGAGACAGUGCUAGGUGUCAUGGCACCAUCUGCUUAGGUUAUUCACUGAUUUUUCAGUGUAGUAUUUACAGUAGAGCUGCCUAGUUUUGUGGUAAUGAUGUCAAGGUUCUACAAAUGUUUCAUCCAUUCUCUCAUCAUUUCUUGAUUACAAAAUAGCUGAUUUCUUUUUUACAGUGCAAAAGCACUGCUAAAUCCGGUAUGUAUUUAAAAUUCAAGUAGAACUGGUGGAUGAAUCACACGUACAAGGUUUUCACUCAGCUGGCAGCCCGUCUGUUGUCAAAGGUGAUUUUUGCAGAUUUUUUAAGAGUAAACAUUAGCAAAACAGUAGAACUUCAAGAUAACAUUUCUUUGAAACAGCUGUGGAGGGUGUUAGCAGGGUGUUAGCAGGUUGUCGUGGCUUCAAACUGGAACAGACGGUCAGUCGAGUGAGUGCAAAAGGAACAUAAUUGAAUAAUAGCUGUGGUGAGCCUGGGUUUAAUCAGAAGCUGAAGUGGGUUGUGGAAGCAUAAAGUACAUAGCACCCAAUAAUUCUGGUGACCAGUGGAUAACUUCAGCAGAGAAGUGGAAACAUUCACAGCCACUAUCCACAUUAAUCACAUAGUCCUACUUCAGUGUGUGGAAGGCAGAGCCUGUUUUGGUAGAAACCAGCUGCAGACAACAACAAAAUGAAAUACAGUGGGUGACCCAAAUGGUGAAAAUCACCUGCCAAGCUGCAGCACCACAAUGCUGGAUGGCUCUAUAGUGUUUGUGCAGCUUAUUGUUUACAAUACAAAAAAUGAGUUUUCACUAAAACUCACUGAUAACAUUUUCAACUGUAAUGUGGCUGAAAAUGUUCCGGCUGUAUGUCAAAAGGGCAGAAUUUUAAAAAUGAAAAGUUUACGUCAAAUAUAAAACUAAUAAUAAAAGCAUGUAUUGUUUACAACAGCCUGCAGUAUUGUUGCUGAAGUUCAAGUUUGCUGCUGAAAGGGCAAAGUCGCCCUUGCUGGAGUCACUGCAAUUGUUCAAUUGUGCAAUGCAAGCUUUGCUAAGCUGGGCCCGGGAGAGAAAGGCACUUUUUUUUUUUUAAAUAUAUUAGCCGUGUAUGUGUAUUGUUGAGUUUUUUAUGUAAACAUCUCCACUACAAAUGUAACAAGCUGAAUGUACAUGUUUAAACCUCUUCUAUUCCACAGUAAAUCCCCUGAGAAUGUGCACCUACUGCCCUGUGUUGUUGAUAUUGUUCAUAUGUCAAAUCUUAAGCUGUGUAAUUGGAUGCACAUAUCUUGGAAGAGAGAUGACUGAAUUCACAGCCCAGGAGCAAACCACCACCAGGGGUUAUGUCACUCAAGUCAUAACUAAAUUUUUUACUCACCUGUUCAGUUUAUUUAUUAAAUAUUUUAAGUUAAGUUUUAUUACCCCCAAGUCUCUUAACUUGAGUUGUCCUUAUGGACCAGCAGGCUGGAAUGCAUUCUAUGUACUGUAUUUGUGAUUGUAUUCAUUCAUUUCUGUGAUAUGACCUUCUCUGCAUGCCCCAACCUUUUUUUUGUAAUUUUCCACCACGCACUGACUGGUAACACAGAAGCGCCAUACAAAAAGCCCUCACUUAAUGUUCUGAAUUCCUGUCAGGCCUGCAGUUCAGAUGAGAGCUUUUUGUUAUUACCUUGCAUCACUAGCCACUGUUUUUAGGGACACGCUGAAUCUGUCAAUGUGGCUGACUGUUUAAAUUCAACCUAAUCACAGCUGGUGGAUAGUUACAAACAGACUUCAUGUCCAUUUGUUAUAUCAUUUAAAACCAUAGUUUUAUUUGAACUGGUGCAUUCUUUUUCAUAAUACAUCCAAGUCAUUUGGAAGAAAAUUAGAUUCUGACAAACAUCACGCAUUCGUAGCUGGGGAAUGAAAUGUUUAAUGCAUAUCAGGCCUCACAUCUUUGUUUUCCUAAAGAUUUAACAGCCUCUCUAGGCGAAAAACCGCCUGUGCAACCUUGUUGGCAUCUCAGUAUUACAAAGGUGAUCUCUUUCUCUUAUGAAUAUGUAAUAAAUAAAAAUGUGUGAUUUUGAUUUUGUAAUCUGUCUGCCUUUGUAUGCAAGCUCAAUAUUAUAAAAAAAAAUGAUACAAAACUGCAUGCAUAUGUUUUGUCAUAAGAUGACUUUGCCUAAUGUUUGAUACUGUUUCUGUUUAAAAUAACAAAUUAUACAAUUGUGGAUGCUCUAAGAUUAUGCUAUAAGUCUUUCUUCUGGACAACAUUUUGUACCUUUGAACAAUAUCGCGUUGCCUGUUUGGCUGCUAUGUUGAAGUGUGGAUGCGUGAUUUGAUGUGAAUUAAAAUCUCUCCUUUGUUAUUUUGUUUCUUUAUUAACACUCAGGCACUUGUUUGCAUUAUUUUGGUUUGCUGAAUAUAUAUGAUUAUCAAUGCAUUGUUCCAAAUUAUAUUUCAACCCUAUGUCAAAUGGACAGCUAUUGCCUUUCCUUCUUUCUAUUUCUGUUUUUUCAAUAGCAUGC